CCUACUUCGUGAGGAAAACAAAUAUCAGCCGACAACAGAUGUCACACGAAACUUAUUCCGAAAUCAAGAGCACCUGGUUGAAAGGUGGCUUCAAAUUUGAAAAGGGUUUGAACUGUUUCGUGCUGUGCCAAUGUUUCGUCGGUUCGCUCGGGUUUUUAAAGCCACGGGAGCUUUCAUUGUAGCUUCCGGAGGUGUUUGGAUUUGUUAUCAAGUUCAUUCAACAAUCAAUGUCAUACACAAUAUUCUUCAUACAAAUGUUCUUGACUAUCGUCAGAAGAAAAUCGAAUACAUUUAUUGGAAAGACGCAAUCAAUCAGUAUUUAUUAACAUCAAUGCAAGAUGAACAAAAUGUCAGAGGUAGUAGUAAUUCGUCAGUCUUCUCAGAGGUUCUUCUGAGGUGGUGGAUAUCAGCACAGAAGACCUUAGCAUGGCGUCUCCUGCACAUUGUUAAAAUUGGAGACAAAUAUGAAAAGAGGCGAGCUGUAAAUGCUCUGGCCAACCUGAAACUGCUAUCUGAGUGGGACUAUCAAAUGUUAGCCCAAGCGUGUGAUGCUCAUAUUGCCGUAGCCCUUUCACGAACAAAAGGUUGUGACUUACGAUUUUUACUCAAGCGUCCUAAAUUGUGGCAUAACAAAAAACCACCCUCAGUUAAGAAAAUUAUAGAAAAUAUGAUAAGACUCCUUCAAGCAAUUGAGAAUCAAAGUCAUCAUUCAUGUGUAGAAAACUUCCUCUCUACUUAUGAGCGAAAAAAAUGGAGAGCGCAUAGUCAUGAAGAUUCACCUGGCACAUCCUUGUCUCCACUUCUUGAGGAUGAAUUAUUGAGGAAAGCCCUUGACACACUGACACACUACUGCAGUAUUGAUGACAAUCCAAGAGGUGACCUCCUACUUGGUAGCUUGCCCAUGUUAAUGGACCUUAUUCAAGUUGUUGAAAACGAUAACAAAAUGUUGUCAAAUGUGUUAUCUAUAAUUUCAUAUAUAUCAACCUUUCCUGAUGCAUUGCAAGUCUUUCAUGCAACUGGUUGGCUCUGGGUCUUAGCUAAAUGGAGUCGCCAUACAGACGCAUCUCUUGCUUUGCCAUGUGUUAAAUCUCUGGCAAAUCUAGACAAGGAUUCCCAUGACAGUGUCUCAUAUCCGCAGAAGGUAUUCCCUCUGUAUCCACCAUUUAGAAGCAAUGAGGACCACAAAGCUGACAUUAUAUUUGUCCAUGGACUUUUGGGUACAAUUUUUAUCACAUGGAGACAAAGGGAUUCGGUCAAGAUAGAAUAUCCAACCAUUGAAGACACACCUCCAAGGCCAACAUUUUGGAACAACAUUUUUCUUACUGUUGGAUUUAGUGGCUCUGACAAGGUUGAAGACACCAAAAGUGAGACACCAGAGACCAGUCAUUUGAAUACCCAACAGUACAAGAAUCAACUUCUGGACAUUCGAAAGGAAGAAUUUGAAAUGCUGGGUAAAGACUUUGAGUAUGUUCUUGCUGAUCUCCCCACUGCUGCCUCCCGAUGUAAAGAGGAACCAUACUCUCUACCUGGGCUGAAGAGUUUAAAAGAAGAGGGUCUGAAUCAAAAUGCGUACUCUCAAUGUUGGGCUCGUGACUGGCUCCCUCAAGAUUGCCCUAAUGUCAGAGUUCUUGGAGUUAAUUACACUUCAACUUUGUCCCAGUGGUUUCCUAAGUGUCCAAAUCAAAAUAGAGCAAAAUUGGCUGAUCGAAGCAUUGAGUACAUGCAUAUGCUGCAUAAAGUUGGAGUUGGACAGAGACCUAUUAUUUGGAUCACUCAUUCUAUGGGAGGACUGCUAGUAAAGCGUAUGCUGAUUUCAGCAUAUGAAAGUGAAAAUAAAGAGCUUCAUAACAUUUUCCGUAAUACAAAGGCAAUAGUAUUUUUCAGCUGUCCUCAUUUGGGGUCAGAGCUGGCUGAUCUAAAAAUGCCAACAGAGCUGUUAUUCUGGCCAUCAUUAGAGGUGCAAGAACUUAGAUACAGGUCAGCUUCUUUGGUUGAUCUCCAUCUACGAUUUCUUCAGCUCCUGGAGGUGUCCCCAAUGACUAUUCUGUCUUUUGCAGAAACUAAAGCCACUAAUGUGACUGCCGUGAAGUGGCCAGUGAAUUUUGUUAAACCGCACUCUGCAGAUCCUGGAGUUGGAGAGUUUUUUGAAAUUCCAUUGGAUCACAUAGAUAUUUGUAAACCUGUUGGAAGACAUUCAUUUCUAUAUCGUAAAAUUAUUAAAUUAAUCAGAGAAGUCCUACAAGAUAACUGAAAAAAAUAACACCCUGCCUGUUUUAAACAAGGAAAGGUCCAUAUCAACUUUGUUUUCUAGUCUGUGGAUUUUUGUGUUUUGAUUUUGAUUCACGCAGUAUUUAUUUGUUUGAAACUUUUAGUCUGUAAUUAGUUCUUUUGGGGGUAUUUUCCCCUAUGUGAUACCACUAACAAUUUGUCAGAGUAGUUAGUAGGUAAUGAAGAGAUCUGGUCAAUUGACAAGAACCUGUGAUGUUCAAAAUGAUAAAUGCCAAGCAGUAUUGAUUUUAAGAAGUAAUAGUCUGAGUGGGUACCUCUUAAACUUUGACUCCCAAGUAGAUAGUGCAUGUAUACACUAACCCCAGGCUAAAUGAACUGAGGUUUGGAAAUAAAUUAAUCUUUAUUGUACUUGUUACAAUUACUGUUUUACAAUCUGAUAUAUUCUGUUGGUGUGUGCUCUUGUGCCAAUUCUGUGUGAUAAUUGACUUUUUCCUAUUAGCGUGUAAGGGUUGUUUGACUUGAGUUUUUUUUUCUUUUGUUUAAUGAUACAAUCUUUCACUAUGAAAACCAAGGUCACUUUGGCUGAUAUUUUUCCUUGACCAAUUUUGAAACCAGAAAUGAGAUGGUAUGAUAAAAUAGUCCUAAGAGAGAAACUGAUUAAAAACAGCAUAUUGUCAUGUUUUUGUUGUUGCUUUCUGUGUUUUUUUUUGUUUGUUUUUUUUUGGGGGGGGGGGAUAUUGAAUGACAUGCUAAUAAAUUUUAUCUCAAAGAAAUGUUAAUUUUAUUUAUGAUUUUAUGAAAGAAUACAUAACCAAUUAAGGGUAAUAAAAAAGUCUUUGUACUUAA